CUUAAUCCGGCUACCCAUUUCGAUUUCGUUCCUUUCUUCUCCGUAACCCGCCGGUCUCCGUCUCCAAAUCCUCUCAACAGUUCUCUCUUCCUUUGCCCUCUUCUUCAAACCCCGUCCCCAAAUUUAAGCGGUUGCUACGGCCUUUGCCGGCGCCGCAGUUUCGGUCAUCGGAUUACUGCUCCUACAGUCAGUCUCGGGUCUGCCGCCGUCACUUUGUGUUGCGGAUUGGGUACUGUUAGAUUGUUGCGGUAUUUCGUGGAGAAAAAUCUGAGAUUGUAAUUGCCAAAUUGACUCACUGAGACUUGCGGUAGUCUCACUGAUUCUAACCAUGCAGGGGAAUGGUGGACCUAUUGACCUGGACAAGUCAACCACAACAUUAGACCCUGAAAAAACCACUGGUGGGGGUCUAGUUGCUCCGGGAAAAGAUAGAGUAGUAUUUAGACCUUCAGAGAGGAAAUCACUUUUAGGGUUGGAUGUGCUUGCUAAUGCUAAAAGAUCAGGGUCGGAUGUGGAUGUUGGAUUCAAGAUACCAAGGGAAAGAGUUGCUUCUGUAGUGGCAUCUCUAGAUGAAGAUGAGGAAAGGUCUACUUCCUCAGGGAUCGACGAAGGAGAAAAUGAUGCAAAAGAAGUUCAUCGGAAUUUAAAAACUAGGCAUUAUCGUGAAUCUUCCACCAGCAAGACAUCAAAGAGAGAAAGUACUGUAACUGAAGGAGCACAUAUUCGUGACUCAUCCUCAAGGCAUCAUUCAGACGAGUACACUCAGGUUCUGGAAGCAUCUUCUGGAAGUUUCCGGUUACCAACUCCACGUCAUGAUUUGCUUGACUCUGGUAGGAGAAGCAGCAAAGUGAGGGAGGAAUAUAGGGGCAGAAGCAGGGAUGUGAGGAGAUACAGUACUGAGUGGGAAGGGGGCAGUCAUAGAGAGUCGCCACGUCAUCAUGGAAGUGAUUAUACUGAUGGAUAUGGAAGAAAAAGAAGUAGAUAUGAAGGUUCUGUAAGGACACCUGUCAGAUCUGAAUGGGAUGAUGGUAAAUGGGAAUGGGAGGAUACACCUCGUCGGGACAGUCGCUCUAGUAGACGUCAUCAACCUUCCCCUUCCCCAAUGUUUGUUGGCGCCUCUCCUGAUGCACGCCUUGCUUCACCAUGGUUGGGGGGACACACUCCUACUGCUUCACCAUGGGACAGCGUAGCUCCUUCACCCACUCCUAUACGGGCUUCUGGGUCAUCGGUUGGAUCUUCAAGUUCUCGAAAUAGUGGAAGGUCCAAAUCCCUUACCUAUUCUUCCAAGAGUUCGCGCUUCUUUGAGGAUGCGCAAGUUGAAACCAAUCAUUCAACUGAUGAUAACGAUCAAGAGAUCACUGAAAGCAUGCGAUUAGAGAUGGAGUACAAUUCCGACCGUGCCUGGUAUGAUAGAGAGGAAGGAGGUGCAGCUUUUGAUGGCGAUAGCUCCUCAAUUUUCCUUGGUGACGAGGCUUCUUUCCAGAAAAAAGAGGCAGAGUUGGCCAAACGACUGGUUCGAAGAGAUGGAACCAUGAUGACACUUGCUCAGAGCAAAAAGUUAUCUCAGCGUGCUGCAGAUAACGCUCAAUGGGAGGACCGACAACUUUUGAGAUCAGGAGCUGUUAGAAGUACAGAAGUGCAGACUGAAUUUGAUGACGAGGAAGAACGAAAAGUUAUUCUUUUAGUUCAUGAUACAAAGCCCCCUUUUCUCGAUGGGAGGAUUGUCUUCACAAAGCAGGCUGAGCCUAUAAUGCCAAUAAAGGACCCAACAUCAGAUAUGGCUAUAAUAUCACGCAAAGGAUCAGCCUUAGUACGUGAAAUUCAUGAAAAGCAAAGCAUGAAUAAAUCACGCCAACGUUUUUGGGAACUCGCUGGUUCAAAACUUGGGGAUAUCCUUGGUGUUGAAAAGUCAUCUGAACAGAUUGAUGCAGAUACAGCUGUAGUAGGAGAAGAGGGUGAAGUUGAUUUCAAGGAAGAUGCCAGGUUCGCACAGCACUUGAAAAAAGGGGAAGCAGUGAGUGACUUUGCAAAGUCCAAAACAAUGGCACAACAAAGGCAGUAUUUGCCUAUUUUCUCCAUAAGGGAUGAAUUACUUCAGGUCAUCCGUGAAAACCAGGUGGCGGUGGUGGUUGGAGAAACUGGUUCUGGAAAGACUACACAACUGACCCAGUAUCUGCAUGAAGAUGGAUAUACAAUAAAUGGAAUUGUUGGCUGCACCCAGCCCAGACGUGUAGCGGCUAUGAGCGUGGCAAAACGAGUCAGUGAGGAGAUGGAAACUGAGCUUGGUGAUAGAGUUGGAUAUGCAAUUCGUUUCGAAGAUGUAACUGGGCCAAACACUGUUAUUAAGUACAUGACUGAUGGUGUGCUUCUCCGGGAGACACUGAAGGAUUCUGACCUCGACAAAUACCGUGUUGUUGUAAUGGAUGAAGCACAUGAGCGAUCACUAAGUACUGACGUACUUUUUGGGAUCCUUAAGAAAGUUGUUGCAAGACGUCGUGAUUUUAAGCUUAUUGUGACAUCAGCCACUCUUAAUGCUCAAAAGUUCUCAAAUUUCUUCGGGAGUGUUCCAAUAUUCUACAUUCCUGGAAGGACAUUUCCGGUCCAAACAUUGUACAGUAAAUCUCCGUGUGAAGAUUAUGUUGAGGCUGCAGUUAAGCAGGCUAUGACCAUCCACAUUACAAGUGCACCUGGUGACAUACUGAUCUUUAUGACUGGUCAAGAUGAGAUUGAGGCGACCUGUUAUGCCCUUUCAGAACGUAUGGAACAGCUCGUCUCUUCAACGAAGCAAGUCCCCAAGCUCUUAAUUCUUCCUAUAUACUCACAGCUGCCAGCUGACUUGCAAGCAAAAAUCUUUGAUAAAGCUGAAGAUGGAGCACGAAAAUGUAUUGUUGCCACGAAUAUUGCAGAGACCUCUCUGACAGUGGAUGGAAUUUUUUAUGUCAUAGACACGGGCUAUGGUAAAAUGAAGGUAUACAACCCUCGGAUGGGUAUGGAUGCUCUCCAAGUCUUCCCUGUUAGCCGUGCUGCUGCUGAUCAGCGUGCUGGACGUGCUGGUAGAACUGGGCCUGGCACUUGUUAUCGACUGUAUACAGAGAGUGCAUACCAAAACGAGAUGUUGCCAAGUCCUGUGCCAGAAAUUCAGAGGACCAAUCUAGGCAACGUGGUGUUGUUGCUCAAGUCUCUCAAAAUCGAGAACUUGUUGGAUUUUGAUUUUAUGGACCCUCCUCCCCAAGACAAUAUUCUUAACUCCAUGUACCAAUUAUGGGUUUUAGGUGCACUUGAUAAUGUGGGGAACCUUACUGACCUUGGAUGGAAGAUGGUGGAGUUCCCACUAGACCCUCCCCUCGCAAAAAUGUUGCUUAUUGGCGAACAACUUGAAUGUAUAAAUGAGGUUCUGACAAUUGUCUCAAUGCUUUCUGUGCCAUCUGUCUUCUUUAGGCCCAAGGACAGGGCAGAGGAGAGUGAUGCUGCAAGGGAGAAGUUCUUUGUGCCGGAAUCAGACCACCUUACUCUUCUUAAUGUUUACCAGCAGUGGAAAGCAAAUCAAUAUCGAGGUGAUUGGUGCAAUGAUCACUUUUUGCAUGUCAAGGGGUUACGCAAAGCUAGAGAGGUGAGGUCCCAGUUGCUGGACAUUCUCAAGACACUGAAAAUUCCUCUCACUUCUUGUGAUCCUGAUUGGGACAUUGUCCGAAAGGCCAUUUGUUCUGCGUAUUUCCAUAAUGCCGCAAGGCUAAAGGGAGUUGGGGAGUAUGUCAAUUGUAGGAAUGGAAUGCCAUGCCACCUGCAUCCAAGUAGUGCCCUAUAUGGUUUGGGUUACACUCCUGAUUAUGUGGUUUAUCAUGAGUUAAUUUUGACCACAAAGGAGUACAUGCAAUGUGUGACAGCAGUGGAGCCUCAGUGGUUGGCUGAGUUGGGACCUAUGUUUUUCUCCGUCAAGGAUUCUGAUACAUCACUUUUGGAACAUAAAAAAAGACAGAAGGAAGAGAAAACUGUCAUGGAGGAAGAGAUGGAGAAGUUACGUCAGGUCCAAGCGGAGUUGGAAAGAGAGAACAAGGAGAAAGAGAGGCAAAAAAGGGCUAAGGAACAGCAGCAAGUUUCAAUGCCAGGACUGAAACAAGGUUCUUCUACUUAUCUCAGGCCUAAGAGGCUUGGUUUGUAAAUGUAACUUGUAAAUGUGCUUGAUAUAUAGUUGUUUGACGUAGUUUCAUUGAUUUUAAAGAAACUUCCUCUAUUUCUGCCUCUGUAGUACUGAGCUGCAGGAUGAAUUACUCUCGGGUAGCAGUAAUGUCUAGGCAUCUAACAAUUAGUUGCUUGAUGCCAUGAUUUCUUUUGCCCUUGUAUGCCACCAAAUCAUCAUUUUGCUGAUUUUUUUUACAACUAUUUAAAUAUCUGAGGGAUAAGCCAUUAUCGGUUG